CAGCUGAUUCGCACAGCUCACGGUUUGUACGCGGGGGUAGUUGCACGCUUCGUCUGCAGGAGCACUCUUCUUCACUGACUGCUCUGCUUGUCAGGAAAACCGUCCUCCCCAAAGUGCCUGUUAGUUGUCGGUGUCUUCGCUCACCUGUUGGUCACUUUUCACUCAUCAUGGCCACGCGUGUCCGACCGAGCAGUAAGCGGUGUGCAGUCAUCGGGGGCUCUGGUUUCCUGGGCAGACACCUGGUGGAGAAGCUGCUGGACCGAGGCUACUCCGUUUCUGUGUUUGACAUCCGUCAGAGCUACGAGCUGCCCGGUGUCACCUUUCACCAGGGAGACCUCUGCGACAAACAGGCUCUGCUGCCAGCUCUGGGGGAUGUGUCCCUGGUCUUCCACUGUGCCUCCCCAGCCCCUGGCAGUGAUAACCGUGCACUGUUUGAGAGCGUUAACAUUCAGGGCACACGCACCGUUAUUCAGGCCUGCAUCGAGGCUGGAGUACAGAAAUUGGUCCUGACCAGCAGUGCCAGUGUGGUGUUUGAAGGGACAGACAUUAAGAAUGGGAGAGAGGACCUACCGUAUGCCAAGAAGCCCAUCGACUACUACACAGAGACCAAGAUUGAACAGGAGAAGUUGGUCCUCGAGGCUUGUGACAAGAAGAAGGGCUUCCUAACUGUUGCCAUCCGGCCUCAUGGCAUCUUUGGCCCUCGGGACCCACAGCUGGUUCCUAUCCUGGUGGAUACGGCUCGCAGGGGCAAGAUGAAGUUCAUCAUUGGUGAUGGAACCAACCUGGUAGAUUUCACCUUUGUGGAGAAUGUAGUUCAUGGACACAUCCUGGCUGCUGAACGCCUGAGGCCGGACUCGCCUUUAUGUGGAAAACCAUACCACAUCACCAAUGACGAGCCGGUUAGAUUCUGGGACUUCAUGUCUGACGUGUUAGUGGGGCUGGGAUACGCCGCUCCGCGCUACCACCUCCCCUACACCCUUGUGUACGGACUGGCCCUGCUCCUGUGGCUGCUGGCCCUGAUCCUGCGUCCGCUAGUGUCCUUCAAACCCACUUUUACUCCAAUGAGAGUGGCUCUGGCCGGAACCCACCACUACUACAGCUGUGAACGUGCCAAGCAGGACAUGGGCUACAAGCCGGUAGUCAGUCUGAAGGAGGGCAUCGCGCGCACAGUGGAGAGCUACCCUCAUCUCAGACGAGGGGCUUGACGGCAGCGUGGAGAUGAGGACUGUAGAGACGUGUAAUGCUGUGGAUGUUAGUACAGUUAUGCUCAUGGUGAGAAUGAAGUGAUGAUGUCACGUCAAAUGGACGAAUCAAACAUGAGGGGAGAGACAGUUUAUCUUUAUCCAAACCUCACAACAUGAAGCAUUUGUUUGCCCUUUCCACGUUUAUGUGCAAUUUUCGCCAGCAGAUGGCAGCAGAUGGUCCUGGCUUUGUUUAACACAUUGCAGUCUGAUAUUACAUAAGUUUUAAAGCACUUAGUGAACAGUUUAUUUCAGCUUAACUAUAGCGACCUUACACUGUGAAAACUACAAAGACUUACACAUGUUCUAUUUUCAUGUUUCACCUAUGUGCUGUACACACAUUGACAUGCUGCUGAUAUGUCAAAUUGCCUUAAUACAUUCCACUAAAUGAUGGUUCUCCUGAUACAACUUGCAUGAAUAUUAUUGUUUACAAAGAUGACUAGCUUUACAUUAUAUGGCCAAAAGUAUAUGGAGGGGAAUGUAUAUAUUUUUUUUUGUUUGAGGCGGUUUUAUUUAGCUGUAAUGUAGUUUAAUAAGCACCAGUUUGUAUUGAGAGAAUUGUUAAUGUUACAACACCCAGUGAUUCUUCUGACAGUAAUGCACUUCCAAUUUGUGGCAACAGUUUGGGAUAGGCCCUUUCUUGUUUCAACAACACACCCCAGCCCCAUCCCCCACCCCCAUUCACAGUGCCACAUAAAUAUAGACAGGGUUUCUUUGGACUUUAUGUUGAAGAACCUGACUGGCCCUGCACACAGCCCUGACCCCAGCCCCAUCCAAAUCUUUACGAUGAAUAAGAACGGCAACUGUGAGCCAGGCCUUAUUGCUCAAAAUCAGUGGCUGAUCUUACCAAAGUACUAAAGGUUCCAAAAUCUUGUGGAAGGCCUUCCUUAAAGAUUGUGGGCUGUUAUACCGAGCAGCAUAUUACUGCCCACAUUUUAAAGCACAAGGUUUGUCCAAAAACAACCCAAAUACAUACCCUUGCAUGCCCAUAUGUAAACGGAACAGUUUAUGGUUGCUGUAAUUAUUCCUCCUGUCCAAAGGAUAUAAAAAGGGGUCCCUUUUAAUGUGAUUCUAGUGUAACAGACAGUCCUCAUUCUGUGUUAAAACUGGAUCCUGAAGUUCAGCCAAAGCUAAUAUGAGGAAAAGAAAAGAGAGAAUUUUGCACAAAAAAAACCCUGAAACCUUGGAGGAUACACACUUGCCAAAAUUGCAUAUUAACUCAGGCUAAACUUAAGAAGGGAUUUUAACACAGAAUGAGGGCAGUCUCUUAUAAUGGAAUUAUACGAAUGCAGAAUUAGAAGUUCUUUUGAUGGCUCUGGGAGGGAAGAGUGAUUAUACUGAUCAAUAACUUUUUCACAUUUGAGCAUGUGAGCAUUAUUUUAAGACAGAUUUCACAAAUGAGAUGCCCAACAAUCACACAUGGGACUAGCCAUAGUAUUUUCAAAGAUACAUAAUUCACACACAUCUUUCCCGAGUUCCGAACACAAUUUCUAUCUGCACUCUGAUACUGCAGUAACUCCGCCUCUCUGGUAUUAGAUACUAUAUAUCAUCACUAUGGCAUGUGUUUUUACAAGUUAAGCAAACUGCUAGAAUAAUAUUCAAGUACUGUCGUCAAAUACAACAAUGGGAUGGGCAAUGGAAAUGCAUUGUCACCCACAAUCCUUCUAUGUCCAUGUUCAAUCUGUCAUUUUGUCAUUUUGAUAAUGACAAAGUUAUAAAAUGUUAUGAACUUGUAGACAUUACAGUGCCUCAUUUUCACAAUAUUUAUGUUUAAUGUAUUAAUUAGCUGCUACGGAGAUUUUCCUUUUCUAGUUGAGGCAUUUUUGUCAUUCCCUGUCUUGGUGUGGUGGCAGUAAGGUGGAGUUUGAGCUCAGAUACUUUGCAUUCUCGUUUUAAUUCUACGCCAGCAGCACCCAAAUGAUUCACUGCGAGAGUCUAGAGUCACCGGGCAAGGCCGUCAGACUGGUUUCGUGUUCCAGGGGGGAGAGGGAUCCAUGUAGAUAAUAGACUCGAGCGUUUACACUUGCCAGUGUGUUCACCAGAGUGAAACUUUGGCUCUCAGACUUGCUAAUUUCCUCUUCCACCUACUCUCUGUGACAUGUUGCGAAAUCUAUUCACACCCUUUUUCUGAUUUGUAAGGGCUUUGUAAA